GACUAGCUAACUAUUGCUAAAUUAAGUUGCACAUUCAACUUGGCCGGGUGCAAAUAGACACUCCGUAGUGUGAAUGGAAAUUUAAUCCUCGUUUUACCGCACAGGUUAAAAUGGUGGGGAAAGUGAGCGCGAGCGUACAGGUGCAUCCUUCACCAUCAGCGAGAGCCCGAGGGCUGCACGUCGCGCGCUGAUUCUGCGGAGGAUAAAACACAGUGGGCUAGGACUUGAACGCGCUCAGAUUGUCUCUGACCCUUCUCCUGCUGUCCUGUCCUAUCCGCUGUACGCUCUGGACACUGGACCUCGCCUCUCCGCCUCACCGCGCAGAGCUCGACGCGCGCAGGCACAACAGAUGGUACAGUACUACUACAGGCUGCAGGAGCGCAAGAAUUUGACGAAGAAGUACUUUCAUUCCUCUCAACUUCACAGGGUCAUUUAGUAUAAUAGGAGUAAGGGGGGUUCUCCGAGGACAAACUCGACUUUGACAGUCACUGGAUCCUACGUUUAGAGGCGGAAUUUGCUGUCAAGGUCAGGAGCGGCCAUGCCAUUUGGCUGUUUAACUAUCGGGGAAAAGAAGGAUUACAACAAUCCUUCGGAUGUUACGGAUAAAUAUGACCUGGGUCAGAUUGUUAAAUCGGAGGAGUUCUGUGAGAUAUUCAGGGCCAAGGACAAAACUACAAUGAAAAUGUACACAUGUAAAAAGUUCCUGAAAAAGGAUGGAAGGAAAGUCCGCAAGGCUGCGAAAAAUGAGAUCGUCAUCUUAAAGAUGGUGAAGCAUCCCAAUAUUCUCCAACUGGUGGACGUCUUUGAGACCAAAAAAGAGUACUUCCUCUUCCUUGAACUUGCAACAGGCAGAGAGGUAUUUGACUGGAUCCUGGACCAAGGCUACUACUCAGAGCGAGACACCAGCAACGUGGUGCGCCAGGUGUUGGAGGCCGUCGCCUACCUCCACUCCCUGCAUAUUGUUCACAGAAACCUCAAGUUGGAGAACUUGGUGUACUACAAUCGCCUGAAGCACUCUAAAAUAGUCAUCAGCGACUUCCACCUUGCCAAGCUGGAGAACGGACUAAUCAAAGACCCCUGUGGGACACCAGAGUACCUGGCUCCAGAGGUGGUUGGCAGACAGCGAUAUGGCCGGCCUGUGGACUGCUGGGCAACAGGUGUCAUCAUGUACAUACUGCUGUCAGGCAACCCUCCUUUCUACGACGAAACUGACGACGAUGAUUUUGAAAACCAUGACAAGAACCUGUUCCGAAAGAUCCUGGCAGGCGAUUAUGAGUUUGACUCUCCGUACUGGGAUGAAAUCUCAGAUUCAGCUAAGAGUCUGGUUACUCGUCUGAUGGAGGUGGAUCAAGACCUGAGACUGACAGCCCAGGAGGCUAUAAACCACGAGUGGAUCUCUGGCGGUGCAGCUUCAGAUAAGAACAUCAAGGAAAAUGUGUGCGCACAAAUAGAGAAGAACUUCGCCAGAGCUAAAUGGAAGAAAGCUGUGAGGGUCACCACCAUCAUGAAGAGACUGAGAGCACCCGAGCAGAGUGACUCGAGGGUAACCGGCCCUGCGGCCGGCGCCCCGGCAGACGCCGUGGCUCCCCAGGCUGCCACCGACCCCUCUGCGCCUUCAUCUGCCGCGACGCCCGAGGGAGCUCCCGUAACAGAGCUCCCUGCUGGAGCUGAGAUAAGCCAACCGGCACCAGAGGCUGGAGCCGCGGUGGCCACCUCACCCGCGGAGCCACAGCAACCGAGCCCGGCUCCGCAGGAGGCCGAGCCCACGACGCGUUGUAAUGGGGAGGCUUCAGCUGCGCUCCAUGCAGCCACUGAGGCCGGGGACGAGCAGGGUUAGACCCCCCCCACCCCACCCGAACUCCUCCCCUUGUGACCUCGGCUCUCCCCGCCAACUCCUGCACACUGUACAUUAGCUGCUAGCAUGGUGACACUGACUCUGCUUCUCUCUCACUUGCAGCAUUAGUAUCAUCUCAUGGAGGCUGUGUGCUACCUUUCCUGAGUGCUGCGUUGCGUUGGCUUUCUUUUUACACGUAUUAUGUCUUUUUUCACUGACCCUCCGGUGUUUUUGUCAAAUUAUGUAAAUCUUGUCCAUCUCCGCACACUUGAGUUUUAGGGGCAAACAGAUUUGCUGUCAAGCUGUGGCUUACAGCUAAAUUCUUCUUUCUUAUUCUUCUCUUAGCGAUAAGAGAAUAUUGGAGGACAUAAUUGUGCUGAAAACGGCUUUGAUUCCUUUUUUAAUGAGCCAACUUGGGAAACUUUUCUCUGUCAGUCUUGCAAUUACAGUAUUUGUUCUUUGAAUCGGUAGAAAAGUAUUGCUUCUGAAAUUUUGACCUUGUACCGUGAUACUCAGUAAGUGCUGGUCCUCACACAUGGAGAAGAACACAUAUUCCUGUCACAGGGGCAAUAUUGUUAUCUUUCUUAAUUGUUAUUGUCUGCAUCAACCAGUCAUUGUACGUUAAACAAUGCUGCAAUUGGUGACUGGGAGUUAUUAUGCCCAGUGCUGUAUUUUCAACUAACUAGGCAGCUUCACACACAAGCACACACACAAACAUUAUGUUCCUUUGCUAACUUCCUGCUCAGGAAAGAACCUUAUAGCUGUAAGUGUAAAGAUCCUGUACAUAGAGACCUUUGUAGAAGUAGCCAAAACAGCAUGCAUUCUCACUUUUUGCUGUUCAUUUUACAUUUACAACCACUUGGUGGAUAAAGACGCGCUACCGCCAAACUCCGUCUUGUCGCAGGCCGCAGAACCUUCGCCUCUUGCCACAAAGCCAUGCCGAGGCUUAUGUUCUUUUCAAAAGCACACUAUACAUUAUGCUGUCUCUUGCGACUGUUCAUUUAGCACCCCUGCUGUCAAUGUAAGUUAUAUGGAAAAAAGCAGUCUUCAUUACACAUGAGCUCUAUGCAUUCAAAUUAAUUUGUAGCUUUUCUUUUUUAGAAACUUCAUGACAUCAUCAUUCGUCACAAGAAAAGUGUAUUAUUUUGCUAGAUCUCAGUUUACUUGUAUGUGCUUUGGUUUAAUUGCCCGUUGUGUUAGGAUAUUAACUCAAAAUGCCACAUAUGUCUUAAUAUUUUUGUUGUAACUGUAAAUCAAAAUGUGCAUUAACUGACCACAUGCGGCUUUCAAAGGAAGACGCGCACAAUUUUGACUUUUUGGUGACUACGGUCAUCUUCACCAACUCAGCUUUGCUGACCUGUAUUGUACUUAAAGAAAUAUAUGAAUCAUUUGUUUGAAAUUUCUGAACGUACUAUUUAUUUAUAUUUUUAUUGCCACAUCUCUUUUUUCUUUCUUUUUGUUGAUGUUGUUUUUCCAACUCUUUCAGUCAUGUAUUUAUUCCAUAGAAUUUUCUCCUUUAUACUUGAUAAACAGUAAUAACAAUCUUUCCUUUCUUGUCACGCUUUGGUCCCCUCGAGCAUUAAUAAUGAGCUACAGAAGGAGUUCUCUGUAAUCACUCUAGAGGAAAUUGAGCAAUAUUCGAACGGCUGCAGAAACUGUGAUUCCUGGUGUCCUUUCGAUAAAGUCCAUGUACCUGUAAGUAGAAGUCUAUAGUCCUUGCCAGCUGUCUGACCCAGCAGGGCCAUUUAGGGACAGUGCACCCCAAACCAAAAAUACACAUUUUGCCUCUUACGUAGCUCUAUUUAUCAACCUAGAUUGUUUUGGUGUGAGUUGCCUAGUUUUGGAGAUAUCGGCUGUAGAGAUGUCUGCCUUCUCUUCCAUAUAAUGGAGCUAUAUGGCACUCGGGUUGUAGUUCAACAGCAAUGUGUCUUUCCAGAAAUCUCAGGAUUAAUCUACAGACCUUGUUGUGAGCAGUUUAAAUAGCACUACAGGUAAGAGGAAAAAUAUGUAUUUUUGAUUUUGGAGUGAACUGUCCCUUAAACUAACACAUGGUGGCUGUCAGAUAAGUGUCAUAACUCGUCAAAUACCGACGCUUUGUCAGUGCCCUUUCGGGUCUGAUAAUGCAACGAAGCACCUUUAGUGUCUGUGUGGGACCCAUCAGGCUUUCCACUAACUCCAAUGUAAACCCAUCCGCAUCAUUAUUAAGACGGUCAGAGCAACUUGACGUAGUAUAAAUAGGGACAAAGUUCAUUAGGGAGAAGGUCAGGGUGGACAGUUGGGUCCAACAGAAACAGACUUUUCACCCAGGAGACUGUUAACGUUGACAUAUUUUACCUUACUUUUGUCACAUAACUUACAUAUUUAACUAAAGCUACGUAGGCCGAUAUAAGUUACGCAACAUAUGUACUUAUUUUAACCCAAACCCAUUUUCCCAAGCCUAACCAAGUACUUUUGUUGCCUAAACAUAACCAAGUAAAACUAGAAACUAAGUGAACCUUUGUUGGAAGUUUAUUUUGAAAAGACACCGCACGUACAGGAGCAACAACUGACACGCUGUCCCUGCCACGUCCAAAACUGGCGCUAGAGGGGAACCUAGAGCGUCAUAGUUUGAAGCUCAUAGGGCCAAUAACCAAGUGUCGGUAUUUGACGAGUUGGGAGUGAGAAUGUGUUGGAUUUCCUGUGCUAACACACGCUGAACCAUGGGUUUUCAUGGCGUGGUCACAUAAAGACAGCAGCCCCAUUGUCAAUAUGAUUAUUAGAUGACAUAAUCAAAAGUAUAAUAUGUCACGGCUCGUGCACGGCCGCUUUGUCUGACUCCACCCAAUCUGUUGUCAACUGUGAACACCUGUGAAUAUAUAUAUAUGAAAAUGUGAAUUUUAGAUCAAAAGGGGCUUUGGAAAAAACUGUUCACAUUUAUAAUCCGUAGAAUAUCAAUUUUGACUUUGUCGUCGCAGAGUCUUUUAUUCAUACAUGUAUCUACUUUUAAUUUGUGCUUGGGUAGAUUGGUAGACAGGCCAAUCAUUCAGAAUAUACCACUAUAUACUUUCUUACAUUCUUUAAUAUAUAUAUUUAGAUUCUAAGUAGAGGCUUAAACUGAAGAAUAUCAGAGAUUUUUAUGUGAAUAGAUUAUUUCAUGUAGUCUGUUUUCUUUGUUUAGAUGGCAAAUAAAUACUGUUUGAACACUGUUACACAGUUUAUAGCAAUGCUUCCCCCCCCCGCCCACUACAUUGCUCACUGUAUUUAGUAUUCCAUGUCUGUUCCUUUCGCCAUGCACUUACAGGUGUAUUUGUAGAUGUGACGUUUGCCAGGACCAGUGGUCACCUGUAGGUCCUGUCUUGCAUUUGUGAGCUCUGUACUGUACUCCUAGACUGAGUUGAUGACUUUGAUGGUAAAAAAUAAAAUUAUAACUCAUCUGUU